UGUUUGACGUUUCUGUCGUUGGCAUUCUAACCUCAAUUUUCUGUGAAAUCUUAUUUUCGGUUCAAGACAUAAAAUACUGUUUAUUAAUCUUCGUAUAGUUUAUUAGUGAUUUUGUGUGAUUAAAAGAGGUGCCGAAAAUGGCGCCAAUCGCUAAGAAAACACUAGACGACACGGAUUCCGGGUCGGAUUCGGAUAGUGGCUCCAGUGCAAGCCGCAGCAAGAGCCCUAGCCCUGCUCCGGGAAAAGAAGGAAGCCAUUCAAGAUCAGUGUCUCGAAGCCCAGCUAAAUCAGGAAGUGAAUCUCCUAAAUCAAACCGGUCUGCUCACUCCAGAAGAUCUUCUAAUGCUUCCAGAAGCAAGUCCAACUCACCUGCUCGCUCCAACAGAUCACGCUCAGGAUCUGCUCAAAGCAACAAAUCUGGUUCCUCAAGCCCCAAAUCCAAUGCAUCAGGAAGCCCUAAACAAAGGGCUUCUAGGUCCAGAAGCGGUUCUAGAAGGUCCCGUUCAGGUUCAGCUAGUGCUAGAUCUCGAUCAGGAUCUCCUAAAAGCCGCUCAGCCAGCCCAAAAUCUGGUCCUCACAGUCCCAAAUCUAGAUCACAGAGUCCAAAAUCCAGAUCGCAAAGCCCAAAAUCUCGAUCUCAGAGCCCAAAAUCGAGAUCACAGAGUCCAAAAUCUCAUGCUAAGAGUAGGUCAAGGUCUAAGUCAGCAAGUGCAAGCCCAAAGAGUAGAAAGUCUAGAUCCAGAUCUGGUAGUGCCUCGUCCAGCUCUAAGAGUCCUGUGGCUAGACCUGGCGGGCAGGACAGUAGGUCCAAUUCUCCAGGACUUAUGAUUGAUGAUGCACAGGCUAAGGACAAGUCAAAGAGUCGCUCAAGAUCUGGUUCAAGACAUUCAAGAUCAAAGUCCCGUAGUAAGUCCAAGUCAAAGAGUCGAUCGAGGUCCCGAUCAAAGAGCUCCAAUGCUUCUGAAGCUGAAGUUGGGGACAAAAAGAAGCGCGCAGUUCUAUCAGACUCAGAGAGCGAUGGCGGUACUAAAGCCACUCCAAAACGCAAGAAGGCUGGCUCUGACAGUGGUUCAGAAACUAGUGAUAAGCCUAAGAAGAAGUCGAAGAAACUUGUGGAUUCCGAUGACGAUGAGGAGGGGAAGAAGGAGGAGGGUGAUGGCGUAACUGCUGACGCCCUAUUCGGAGACGCAUCCGACAUCAGCACGGAAGACGAGGGCGGCGCCGACAAGCGGUCCUCCCGCUCUCGGUCGCGCAGUGGGUCGCGGUCGCGCAGCCGCAGCCCGCAGGACGCGCGCCGCUCCGGGGACGAGGGCCGCGCUAGUGGAGACGAGCAAGAGCCUCGUGAUAAACCAGAGGAAGAAGAAGAGGUGGAGAUCCCAGAGACUCGCAUCGAUGUGGACAUGCCCAAGAUCUGGACGGAGUUGGGCAAAGAGCUGCAUUUUGUGAAGCUACCCAAUUUCUUGUCAGUGGAGACUAGGCCUUAUGAUCCCAACACUUAUGAGGAUGAGAUUGAUGAAGAGGAAACUCUUGAUGAGGAAGGUCGGGCUAGGCUAAAACUGAAGGUAGAGAACACAAUGCGCUGGCGCACGGUGUUCGACAAGGAAGGCAACGCGGUGAAGGAGUCCAACGCCCGCAUGGUCAAGUGGUCCGACGGGAGCAUGUCGCUGCAUCUCGGCUCCGAGAUAUUCGAUGUUUAUAAGCAGCCGUUACAUGGCGACCACAACCACCUGUUCGUCCGACAAGGCACAGGUCUUCAAGGCCAGGCCGUCUUCCGCACGAAGCUCUCGUUCAGGCCUCACUCCACGGAGUCGUUCACUCACAGGAAGAUGACGCUCUCGCUAGCUGACCGCUCCACUAAGACUUCGGCUAUUAAGAUACUGUCGCAAGUUGGGGCUGAUCCCGAUGCUGAUAGGAAGUAUCAGCUUAAGAAAGAGGAGAUGGAGCUCCGCGCGGCGAUGCGGUCCCGCGCGUCCACGCGGCCCAAGCGGCGCGGCGCCGGCGCCCGCGCGGGGGCGGGGGCCGCGCGCGACGACUCCGAGGACGAGGGCGGCGUCUCGCUCGCCGCCAUCAAGAACAAGUACAAGCAGGGACAGAAAGCAUCAGCAGGCGCAGCGAUCUACUCAUCAGAAUCAGAUGGUUCUGACGUUGAAACUCGUCGCGCUCGGCGGCUCGACCGCGCUAAGGCGCUCAAAGAUUCUGACGACGAAGGUUCUGACCAUGAGGCAGAUCAGAACACUCCGAGACGCACUUCUAGUGCCAGUGGGUCGGCCAGUGGUAGUGGCAGUGAGUGAUAAGUGCAUGACAAUGAUUGCCCAGUGUAAAGUUUAGUGUAUUUCGACCAUGAUGGCCCAGUGAGGUGAGGUUUUGUGUUGCAAGAUUUAUAUAGUGUGUCUGUUAUUGGAAUGUGAC